CACACGGCCAGCAGCAGCACAGUCGUCGGCCGGCUAUCGUGCGCACUUGUAACGGAGCGGACCGUAACGGGAUUCAACGGAGCGCCGACAACGCACGCGGCAAAAGGACGUAAGAAAGCGUUUGAAGUGUGGAAAAUCCUGUGGCAAAGAUCGUUCGAGCUACAGGGACUCCAGACUUGGUUCGGUCAGAUCAGUGCUGCUCAAGAAUGUCGAUGGAGUCGAAGCCACUUACGUGUCCAGGGCUGAUGCUGCUACUACUGCUGGCCACGGCCAUGCCGCUCCCGCCGGCAGCGGGCGGGUCCUGCCGCGAGGCGCAGCUCUGCUGCAACGGACGCGACUCCUCGUGCGUGGUGCAGAAGGCCCCCGUCAACGCCAUCAUUGAGGACCUGAGCGAUAAGCCCUGCUACUGCGAUCACGCGUGCCUCAAGCUGGGCGACUGCUGCGAGGACUUCAAGGACCACUGUGGGGUCUUGGACUGCCGAGCUGGUGAUUGGAGCGCCUGGAGCGAGUGCGACAAGAGCUGUGGCAACGGCAUGAUGACGCGCCGCCGCCAGAUACUGCAGGUGGCUCAGAACGGCGGCAAGCACUGCCCGACGCUACUCCAGACGCGGGCCUGCCAAGGCUUCCGCUGUCACGGACACCGCGAGAAGAAGAUAUUGCGUGAAAUGGCCCUGCUCCUGCCCGCCGCUCUCUCCCACAAUGUCAACAGCAGCGCCAUCCGGCGCAAUCUGCGCACUGGCUACCGGGACUCCUACGGGCACAACUGGGAUCAUGGGUACUGCGUGGAGUUCGAGGUAAUCAAGGCGUCCAAGGCCUGUCACAAGCUGCCGCCCUACAACCUGAUGCUGGAGGGUGAUCGCAUUACCGUGCGCUGCGAUCUCGAGGCCCUCAUCCAGGACGGUGCUGGCAGCCCCACAGCCGCAGGCCGGUCCGGAUCCGUGACCCCCACUACUGUAGCCACGACCACUGGGGCCUACAAAGAGGAGGAGGAAAGCAGCGACGGCUCCAAUGGGGGGGAGGGAGAGCAGAACAGCAGCAACAGCAAUGACGACGACGACGACAACAACGAGGAGGGUGAAGAGGAAGAUGAAAAUGCACAGAACAUGCUCGACACAGGCAGCAAUGAGAGCUACGAGAACCGACACCAGCGGCAGUCGCAGAUCCUGUCGCUCCGCUACCUUUCGUGGGGCAGCUCCAAAAGAAGCGCCAUGCCGGCAACGCUGCCACCGGCGCCCACGCCGAGCUUCCACUGCCGUGGCGAGGGGCUCUCUGGCCGCACGAUGCGCUGGAGCGCACUGCCGGCGCCGUCGUGUCGCGGCAAGUGGCUCCGCCUCACCGUCGGCCCUCCCAAGAAGUGCACCCGCGCGCAGUUCAUCUUCGUCUAAUCGCUCCCGUCCCGUCUAAUAUAAUUUUUUGUAUCGAUCACAUCGUCAAUAUUGUAGGUGUAGUACGUGUAGGUUAUGCUGUACGGCUCCGGCAGAAGCAAAGGCAAAACGUCCGGCUAAACAGGCGUUAAGGGACGGCCGUGACGGGAUCGCAUCAUAUCAAAUCACGACCCAGUACCCAGUCCCCAGUCCCCAGUCCCAAACCAUUAGAGCCCUAUGCCCCAUAAAUUUCAGCACUGGCACAAGUACUCCAUUAUAUGUAAGAGUGUAAACUUUAAGUCAGUGUAUUAAGAGGAAUAGAUGUAUCGUGAGUAAAGUUUUUUUUGUGACCACACCGAGUUGCAAUCGUGGACGUGGACUUAUACGAGUGCACUGAGAAAGUCGAACCACUCGCUCGUUAUUUAGCCGGCAUUGUCAGCGUUAAUUUAAGCACUAUACAGGACCGAAUCGGCAUAUUUGAGUGUUCCAGACUGCAGGGGGUGCAGUUUUGUUUGAUUGGAUAUACAUAUACGAUACGUAGGAAAUGCAACAUUCUCUUCGCACUAGGUAGCUGACAGGGAACUCUCAAGUAAAGAUCACGACGACGAGUGUUUUGACCGCAUCUGGCCCCUCGAGGCUCGAGGUAUAGAGAUACGACAUGAUGCCCAUUACUGGAGGGGAUAUUGAUAGAUAGUAGCCGUAAGUCAUCAAAUACCACAUAACGACAAUUACAAUGGAGAUGAAAUCAUGCUGCUGGGCGAAGGUAACCGAAACAUUGAUGAGCCGCCAGUUCCGUCUUCUACGAGUACUUUCAUCUCCUAAGCAUUCGAUUCAUAUCAAAAACACACGUUCUAACACACAUACACACAUACAUAAAGUCCACGGGAGGUGGCGAGGGUAAAGGGGGUACGCCAGUACUCCAUGAUUUUUCCCCCCUUGGACAGAAUUCUAGAGUCGGAAUUAAACUUUGGAUCUUAGUAUUAAAUUGGAUUUUAGGUGCAUACGAAUGUCGAAAAUAUUUAAUAAAAUUAUAAUAAAACU